CUAUAAUCGGUCGAACGGGCCUCGCCGAACCUUUUCAUGGUCCAAAUGAACUUCUGGAACGCAGAGUAUUAGAGGGAGCAAUCACCGUUGCUUGUUUGUUCCAAAAGAACACACACACACGAAGUAAAAAACGCAAAUGCGAAGUUGACCUAAAUCAUUAAAAAAAAAUGAAGGAGGAAAAUGUUAACGACUGAAAACCACGUGGUUUAGAAUGAAGUUCAUAAUGGAUGAUCGGUACGCAAAUGAUUAAUUCUCUUUGAGAACAACACCUGAAUAUACCUGCGAGCUGAAAUGAAGUAUAUACCUGGUGAUUUUUUUUCUCUCUGUGUAUAUGCUCGUAUUGAUCAACUUCCUAUCCGUUAAAGGUAGAUGAUGUGAUUUUUCCGGAGCCUCAUCAUAAAUUUAUCUCUAAUCGAUGGAUGCACUUGCAAUAAAGGCAGUGUACAACAAGUCGACAAUUUAAUGCGACUUAACUAUAUACGACCGAGCAAAACAACAGAGGAAAUUUUGCAGGUUUUAGAACGUUUGAAAAAAAAAUGAAACAGAGGAAAAAACACAUAUCGACGCCAAGACCGAGGGAUCAAAUGAGAAAUCCGCUCAUAGCGGAUGGGUUCUUGGGUAAUAAUUGUAAAAAAGGAAAUCAUGGAUAUGAUUUGGAUAAUGAGGAUGGACAAGGCUUAUUUCCAAGGUAUUCCGAGUGGAUUGUUUUCGUGGUCACCCUGGUUUUGCGCUGUAAUUAUGUUUCGCAGAAAAACAAUUGGUGGGUCCUGCAUCCAGAUGAAAUCUUCCAGGCCAUGGAAGUUGCUUACUCUGAGUUGCAAGGAUAUGGUUUCCGACCUUAUGAAUUUCUGCCUCCAGCGUCCGGACCUAAUGUGACGUCAGCAAGAAUGCAGGAGAGCAUGCUGGGAAUGUAUGCAAUGAGGUCCUUCAUCUACCCGAGAAUUUUGACUGGAGUGGGAUAUAUUGCCUUGCUGCUUGGCUACAACAGUAGUCUCUUUGUGCUGUGGAGAAUGUUCCAUGCCAGUAUAACGUCUUGCCUUCCGCUUUCUGUUUAUGUCUUCUGCAAAGUUGUGACCGGAAACCAUGAUCUGUCCAUGAUCUCGUGUAUUCUCGUUGCGUCAUCAACGCACCUGUGGGUGUUUGGAACGCACACUUUACUGAACUCUUUCCUUUCCCCGUUUGUUUUUCUAGUCAUUGGAUAUUUGAUAAAGUUUAUAACAGCGUUUUCCGUUGAAAAUAAUAUUAAUGGAAACGUUCAAGAGAUGGGGAACGGAAUUCAACACAACAACAACAAUGAUUACAACAUUCAUACAAUGAACAACUGCAAUGGAGUUCAUCGUUGCAAUAAGCAAGUGGACACAUCCAACUAUGAAUCUGUGCAAAUAGGAAGAAACGAGAGUCGUGUUUGUCACGUGUUUGUUUUGGGAUAUUUUAGUGGAUUGUUCGUUUACAUACGACCAGAUUUGUUAAGUCUUUUGAUUUGUGUCUUGCUACCCUAUAUGCCCAGAGUUCUGACUCAUCUAAAGGCAAUGCUAUCAUCUAUCAGGAUAUAUAUUUGUAUAUCUGGUUGUGUAACUGGUAUUUUAACGGGUGUUCUAGAGGAUUUCUUGUCCUACGGAAGUUUUGUAGUGACGCCGUAUCAAUGGAUAUCAUUCAAUGUCUUCAAUGGCUACGCAAAGCGCAUGUUCGGCACGAUGCCAACACUUUUUUAUCUACAGAUAUUCUUUGGAAAUAACAUAUUGCUAUUCCUAUCGGUGUCCAUUCUUAUUGUUACAAUUUAUACAUUUAAUAGGACUUCAGCAAUACAUGAUUUCCUAAGAAAAACUUCGUUAACUUUUAUAUGCAUGUUUUUGAUGUAUUCAUUACAAGGCCACAAAGAGGCAAGAUUUUUACAUGAUGCGUUUGUUUUAUUUUAUAUCUGUUGUGGCCUAUUACUGUACAUAUUAGUUCAACAUUUGUCAUCGGUGGUGUCCCUAUUUUCAAGCAAAUGUCUUUCACAGCAAGUCUAUUUGUGUUUCUUGUUAUUUUGUUUUAUUUCUAGUCAAUACCAAAGCGUGCCAAACUCAACUGACAAUUCAGUGAAAGAUUGGACUUACGAGGGAAAGACAGACAGUCAUGACGUUAACGUGUGCCUAGAUUUCAUUGGUCAACAAAGUGACGUCACGGGUGUGUUCAUGGACAGGGAUAUUCACAUGACUGGAGGAUAUACGGUUUUGAGGCAAAAUGUUCCGUGGUUUUCUUUGAUUAAUACAGAGUUUAGGGAGUUCUCGAAAGAAAGUCGACUGGCUGUAUGGUCCUUCUAUGGCAACAGAGAAAUAUCAAUUACGUCACAAAUAUCGAAUUACGUCCAUAUUCAAAACACUCCGUUUUUACUCAAAUGUUUGAUUAGGCAAAAAGAAUACAAUUAUCUUGUGAUGAAAAUAACACGUCAGUUUAUUACUCGAGGUUAUGUAGAGGUUUUCAGGUAUGGUACCAUGCACGUGUUAAAGCGUUCGUUUGAUUCCCAAGAAGAGAGCUUUUUGGAAAAGGUAGAGAAACGCAUAACGGACAAUAAAAAUACAACAAUAUUGAAAUAUGAAGGACAGUGGUUAAUGUCAUAUGGAAGUUACAAUCUCGCUGAAAAUAAAUUCAUUAAGUCAGCUGAAAUUAAUUCGGAUUUACAGGUCUAUCAAUUUCUAGUUGAGUUAUACAGGAGAAAAGGUGAACCUGUGAAGGCCAGAGAUGCAUUCACAGUUUGCAAACAGAAAUUUGUUGAAGCGGACUGCUUAAAAAAUGCGAGGAAAAUCACGUUGUUUGAACAUGAGAGAAUAUCUUUGAAAUAGACUCGAUACCAAAGAUUUGUUUGUUUGUUUUGUUUUUUACUUUCUUUUUUGUUGAAUUUUACUUUACAUAUUACCGCCACAAAGCCAUGAUGUACAUGUACUGUAAAAAAGUGAAAAAUUAUGUCUUUAUAACAAUGAACUCAAAAUUCUUCAGCAUUGAAAUAUGAUGGGUUUUUUAAUUCGCUUUAUUUUACCUUGCUACUUUGAAUCUUGUUCUAAAAAUAAAUAUUAUAGAAAUUGAAGUGCCAUU